CAGAUCUUUCAAAAGAGUCCCAGUAAUCGAAUCUGUCAAACUAGUUGCACCUAUCACACUAAGAAGAAGCUUUACAGCCACACAUUUAGCCAAAAUGAGCUCCGACCCUUCUACGUACAUCUUUAACCAUACCAUGUUCCGAAUCAAAAACCCGGAGGUUUCUUUACCUUGGUACAAGGAAGUAUUAGGUAUGGAAGUAAUUCACGAAGGUCCAGGAAACGAUUUUACAAACUUUUUCCUUGCUCAUCCUUCCGGCUGGACCUUGGCGGGUAAGAUGAAUCCCACAUCGGAAGAAAAGAGUAAGAUGAAAAAUCAACGUGAGGGGGUGUUGGAACUAUGUUGGAAUCAUGGGACUGAAAAAGACCCAAACUUCAAAGGUUAUGUAUCUGGGAACGAAGAGCCUUCCCGUGGUUUCGGUCAUAUUUGUAUCGCUGUAGAUGAUCUAAAUGCUGCUUGUAAACGUUUCGACGACCUCGGCGUCAAAUUUAAGAAGAGACCGGAAGAAGGAAGGAUGCGUAAUAUCGCUUUUAUUUAUGAUCCCGAUGGUUAUUGGGUCGAGAUCGUCGCCAAGCAGUAAUCAUCUCAAGCAAAACAGAAGAUCAGUAGAAUCAUCUAUCCAGAUCCGAUCAGUAGAGUAAAGUAAGGUAUAUGGUGAAUGCAAGUAUACAUACAAUACG